ACGAGCCGGAAAGCCACGCUACUGUCAGUGGAUCCCUCGUGCCAAAUAGUGUUUCCCUUAGUGCUCAUUCCGAGACCUUGGGUCAACGGUUGGAGUGGUAUUAGUCCACUCGGUAAGGAUCCUCUUGGUCUAGGCUUCGUUAAGAGAGUCAGGGGGUUUUUUUACUCAUUUACCUUCUUGAGGGUUGUGCAUGGCCAUUGACGUCUUUUGUUUGCCUUCACCCAUGGCUUGACAUGUGGAGGAUGGUCAUGACGUUAUAUGUAAGAAUUGGCCCCGGUAUCUCGGGUGUGAGUCUCUCCCUCGUAUUUUAGUUCGUAAAUCAUGAUGGUGGGCUUCGUACACACUUUGUUGUUAAGGCUUUGGCGUCGGGUUAAGAAGGUCCUAUCCCGUACAGCCUCGGUCUCCCCAAAUGACGAGGUUUACCUGCUGAAUCGCAGUCCCAAGGAAUCUGCCAGACUCAACGCCCAACAUAACUUCCUCGUCGACUUGAUUGGGGGUAAAUCUAUUCAUCCUGCCAUCCCUAUAGAAAAUAUCACAAGUAUAGCAGACGUUGCAACGGGGACCGGUAUAUGGCUCUCGUCCCUCGUUACGGCCCUCAAAGCACAUCCUACCAAUCGUCUCUAUCUCCACGGCUUCGAUAUCUCCUCAGCCCAGUACCCAUUCUAUAAGGAUAUUGCACCCACUCAUGAACUACACCUCUCCACUCAUGACAUGCGCAACCGGUUUCCCCCAGAGCAUAGAGGCCGAUACGAUUUAGUACACCUCCGGCUCCUAGUCGGUGCCCUCAAAGAAGAAGAUUAUCCUCAGUCAAUGCGUAACAUAUAUGAGCUACUGAAACCAGGCGGCUACCUCCAAUGGGACGACUGCGACACGACAGCGUUCUCUACCGCAGAAUCAUCGCCUGAUCCGUUCAUUCUCCGCAUGCAAGAGACUGUCGCGUCAGCAGCAGUGAACCUGGGGCUGUGUCCGACGGCGCCUGUACUCAUCGAGAAACUAGCCAAUAUGGUCGGCUUUGAGGAUAUAUCCCGGCAGUCGUAUAAUACUAUUGAUAAGCCAUAUUUGCAUGAUUCCGCACGGGCAUGGCUGGUCCAGGUCUUGCGGUCAUUGCUGCCGAAGUCGAUGCUAGGGACUGGAGAGGUAACGGAAGAGAAGGAUGCCGUAGAACGGACCGAGCGGCUGGUGGGGGAAUUGGAGAGUCGCUGCCAGAAUGUUUUGCCGGUGGUGAAUCUGCAUGUUGUUAUUGGAAGGAAGCCUUUAGCGGGUUGAUUUUGAACAUUGCAGUGACGACGAUACGCGUAUCAUACUGGGUCAGGUUUGGUUGUUUUCCUUGGCUGCUCGUGCCAUCCUGUGCUAAUAAUACAUGUAGCUGUUA